AUGAAGGCGCAGGUGGUCAUCGGCCUGAUUGCAAUGAUGUUUGUGGAAAGCCAUCAGCGUGUGAGUGCUGGACCAGCGUGUGAGUGCUGGACCAGUUGGCUGGACAGAGACGAUCCAGAUGGGUCUGAAGACUGCGAGUUACUCAGUCUUUUCCUCGAAGAUAAUCCAAGUCAAGUCUGUAAGAAUCCUCUUGACAUCGAGGCUCGGACCAAACCUGGAGGCAUCAGUGCAGCUGGAGCAGGAGAAGUGAUCCAUACCUUGAGUCCAUCCGUUGGUUUAAUCUGCAAGAACGACCAACAAAAAGACACAUGUUGCCUGGACUACGAGGUCCGCUUCCGCUGUCCACCAGACUUCUGUGAACCAGUGGGUCAAAUAUGA